UGUUUUGAAUCAUUCCAGUAAACACUUUCACUCGAUUCACAUCGGUCUCUAUUUCUCGAUAGUUCAAGUUCUUGUUGUUCUUGCCGGAACGUUAUUUCAUCGUCUAACGGAUAUUUCGAUUCGAUAAAUUUUGGUUCGACGAUCGUUGGAGAAUCGUUUGUUUGGACACAACAAAAAAAAAACUACACAUAAAAAUGUCACCAUUGAAAGCAACGAUAUUCUUGGCUGUUGGAUUAUGUUUGUUCGCCAACUACAUUAACGCUGAAGAAGCCAAAAAUAACGAGGAUGACGAAAAUGUAAUCAAAAUCUUCAAACGCCUCAUUCCAGCUGACGUUCUCAGAGAUUUUCCUGGAAUGUGCUUUGCAUCGACACGAUGUGCUACUGUUGAACCGGGUAAAUCAUGGGACUUGACACCAUUCUGCGGCAAAUCAACAUGCGUUGUUUCAAAUGAUAACAGCGGCAGACUUCAAGAAUUGGUUGAAGAUUGCGGCCCAUUGCCACUUGAAAAUAACCGCUGCAAAUUGGACUCAGACAAAACCAACAAAUCGGCUCCGUUCCCAUACUGUUGUCCGAAAUUCACAUGCGAACCAGGCGUGAAGCUUGAAUAUCCAGAAAUCAAAACCGAAUAUCCAAAUUAAAAAAAAUAAAUUUUAACCCCCCCCCCCCCCCCCCCUAUAGACACUCAAAUUCACUCACACAAAAACACACACAACUUUUCUCUAUCUCUCGCGCUCACCCCAGAUUAGGAGACAAUUUGCUGAUUCAAUGAUUUAUUUGUUUUUUUUUCUCGUAAAAUAAAAAUUUUGUUUCUUCCAUUCCGGGUAAUAUACAUAUUUGGCUCUCGUUCUUUCUACGGAAAAACGAUCGGACGACAAAAACAAAAGCAAGCAAUUCAAUCCUUUCAAAGCACUAUUAGGAGAAAAUAUCACAAAAAAUUAUGAUUUAAAUGUGAAAAAAAACAAUAAUUUAAUUUUAUAUUAAUUUAAAGAGGAUAAAUAAAUAUGAAACAAUUUCAAAAACAA